AACGGCCAUAAAGAGAGUUCAUCGGCAAGUGUUGCCGUAAUGGUGGUCUAAAUAUCUCUGUUGUGGGUUGAUCCCGUCGCGGCAGGAAGGUGGAGAAAAAGCUGAAGCAGGCGUUAGUUGCGGAGAGUCAAAGCGACGCGAGGCUGCUGCGAUCGAAUCAUUGUGGGGAGCAAAGGCGAAAGUUUCCUAAUCGCUCGAGGAGUUGCAGAUCUAGUUGGUCGUGUGUGCCGCUCUAGAGUCUACUGACACGGAGUAGCAACCUCGGAGAUAUUGCGCGGCGUAGUUCCUUAUGGAGUGUGCGAGAAGCUGGUUUCAAAGAUUGCAACCUAGGGAGGAGGUCAAACCGGGACCUAUUAAGAAGGAAACGGGGAGUGCAAAAGAUUUGCAGAAGCCUCUAAUUGAUGAUGCGCCUUCUAAUAUUACUAAGCAGAAGGUCGCCGCUGCAAAGCAGUAUAUUGAGAACCAUUACAAGGCCCAGAUGAAGUCCUUGCAAGAUCGCAAGGAAAGACGCUGGAUGUUGGAGAGGAAACUUGCUGAUGGAGAAGUUCCUGCAGAAGAGCAGAAUAGCAUUUUGAAGAAUUUAGAGAAAAAAGAAACAGAAUAUAUGCGUCUUCAAAGACACAAAAUGGGUGUGGAUGAUUUUGAACUUUUGACUAUUAUUGGGAGGGGGGCAUUUGGGGAGGUCAGAAUAUGUAAAGAGAAAACAAGUGGACAUGUCUAUGCAAUGAAAAAACUUAAGAAAUCUGAAAUGCUUCGUAGGGGUCAGGUGGAGCAUGUGAAAGCUGAAAGAAACCUACUUGCAGAGGUGGACAGUGCCUACAUUGUGAAACUCUACUUCUCAUUUCAAGAUGAUGAAUAUUUAUAUCUCAUCAUGGAGUAUCUGCCUGGGGGUGACAUGAUGACUCUGCUCAUGCGCAAGGAUACAUUGACGGAUGAUGAGGCCAGGUUUUAUGUGGCAGAAACUGUUUUAGCCAUUGAAUCUAUUCAUAAGCAUAAUUACAUUCACAGGGACAUCAAACCCGAUAACCUAUUGUUGGACCGACAUGGGCAUAUGAAGCUUUCAGAUUUUGGGUUGUGUAAACCUCUGGAUAGUAGUAGCUUUCCGAAUCUUAAUGAACCUGAAUAUCGACCAGGAAGAAAUUUGGAUGAUAAGCCAUCUAGUGUCUCUCCUGCACCGAGACGUACUCAACAAGAGCAACUACAACAUUGGCAAAAGAAUAGACGGAUGCUGGCUUACUCAACUGUUGGGACACCGGAUUAUAUUGCUCCUGAAGUUCUUCUCAAGAAGGGUUAUGGAAUGGAGUGUGACUGGUGGUCACUUGGAGCAAUUAUGUAUGAGAUGCGUGUGGGGUAUCCACCAUUUUAUUCUGAAGAUCCAAUGUCCACGUGUAGAAAGAUUGUUAAUUGGAAAAACCACUUAAAGUUCCCUGAAGAGGCAAAACUUUCUCCAGAAGCUAAAGAUCUUAUCAGCAGACUUCUAUGUAAUGUAGAGCAUAGACUUGGUACAAAAGGCACCCAUGAAAUAAAGGCACACCCAUGGUUUAGAGGCAUCCAAUGGGAGAGACUGUACCAAAUAGAAGCUGCUUUUAAGCCAGAAGUUAAUGAUGAGCUGGAUACUCAGAACUUUGAGAAGUUUGAGGAGACAUCAGCACCGGUUCAAACUUCUUCAAAGUCUGGCCCAUGGAGAAAGAUGCUUCCGUCGAAGGACAUCAACUUUGUGGGUUAUACUUACAAAAAUUUUGAAAUCAUAAAUGACAAUCAAGUUCCAGGCGUUGCUGAGUUGAAGAAAAAGAGUAAUAAGCCAAAGAGGCCAACAAUUAAAUCCUUGUUUGACAUGGAUUCAACAUCAAAUCCAAGUCCACUUGUCCAAGGUAGCUUCCUCAAACUACUCCCUACACAAAUGGAAGUGCCUGAAAGUGUAGAGUCAUCUUCUCACUCGAGCAGUUAGUCUCUGGAUCAAUCCCAUCAUCGACAGAGAUAACACAACCAGUUCAAUGAACUUCUUAAUACCUGAACAACCGAGAAGCUUUCCCAUCAUGCAUACCUAUUUCGUCCUCCUCAAUCUGUACAUAAAAAAGAUAUGACAGCGGUGUUGGGAUGGUUACCUGUAAAUUUGUUGAUCCAAGUGCGUAAAGUUUCUCUUGGAUUCUUUAAUUUUUGUAACACUGAAUUUAAGCUGGUGCCAAGAAUUCCUGUUGUAGUGUGGAUUAGCCACUGAACAAAUCAUAAUUACUUGAUUUUGAUUUGUGUCAUAUUAGUGAUGCAAAAUUAAGCAAUCUAUUUCUCUAUGUACAUUACAUUGUUGUUUGUCAGACUAUGCAAACAGUUAAAUUUAGUGGAUGUUAUUUAUCAUUAUUCA